UCCUCGUGCAUCUCUCUCACUCUCUCUCUCCCCCUCUCUCUCUCCCCCUCUCUCCUCCCCCACUCUCUCGCUCGCUCUGUCGCGCCCGAUCCGCCGCUGUUCUCUCGGGCCCGGACACACUCCGGCAUCUCCUGCGGCUGCGCCGAGCCGAGGACCCAGGGCAGGGGACUCUGGAAGGGGAGCGGCGGCUGUCGGAAGCGGGGAUCGGCAGCGGGCCCGGUACCUCCCCGCAGUCGAACCGCGAGUCCCGGACACUGGGAGCGGCGGAGCCGAUACGGCUUGUCGGAGACUGACGAACCGGACAGUGACCAGCGGGGACUGACCGCCAGGUAGUGACUACCCUGCAAUGCCCACUUGUCAUUGAGACCUCGCACUGACCAUCCGAAACGGACUGACCGUUCCCAACUACCCGUCUCGCACAGACGGUCCCGCCCCGACUGUGGUGACUGAGAACCCACAUUGAUCACAGUCACGGAGAUCACACACUGACCAUCCCACAAUGACCAUCCCGCACUAACACGGUCACAGAGAUCACACAUUGACUGUCCAGCACUGACCACUAUCACUGAGAUCACACACUGACCGUCCCGCACUGACCACGGUCACGGAGAUCACACAUUGACUGUCCAGCACUGACCACUAUCACUGAGAUCACACACUGACCGUCCGGCACUGACCACGGUCACUGAGAUCACACACUGACCGUCCGGCACUGACCACGGUCACUGAGAUCACACACUGACCGUCCCACACUGACCACGGUCACUGAGAUCACACACUGACCACAGUCACUGAGAUCACACACUGACCGUACCACACUGAGACCUCGCACUGAAAGUCCUGCAGUGACCCCAGUGACUGACUGGUCAAGUGGCGGCCAUGCCAAGGAACCGUGCAUUGUCAGAGCCAGAGCUGUCGGCGGAAUGCUCGGUCAGCCUCCCCUCGGAUCCCGGACAGGGGGAAGUGGCAGUGCGGGCUGGCGGCUUCUGCCUGUGUCUACCCCCGGGGAUGAGACUGACCUUCGUGCCUGAGUCCCUGGAAACCCUGUACCAGACCUACUUCCGACGUCAGCGGGGGGACACACAACUGGUGCUGGUGGUCUUUGCUGCCCUUUUCGACUGCUACACGCUAGUGAGCUGUGCCGUACUGUACUCGGCCGAGAAGCUGGUGGCCCUGCUGGUGUCCACGGCCGGACUCCUGGCCCAGCUUCUCCUCUUUGUCCUCUGUCGCUGCAGGGUUCUGCCCGACCGCCUCUGGCAAAACAUGGUACCCUACCUGCUCUGGGGGCUCAUCGACGUCCAGAUCUUCUGCCAGCUGGGAGCCAGCGUCACCCCAUCGUACCGGGCCAGUGACACGGUGGGCUGGCUGGCCUUCUUCACCUUUGCACUCUUCAUCACCCUGCCGCUGCAGCUCCUGCCUGUCGUCGUGCUCAGCACCGGCACCUGUGCCGUACACACCCUCGUCCUGGGCAUCACGCUGGCCCAGCAGCCCACGUCAGACACCAGCUCGCUGCCCCAGCAGCUGAUGGCCAACAUCGGGAUCUACCUCUGUUCAGUCACAGUAGGGAUUAUGUCCCAUUACAUGGCAGAUCGCAAACAUCGCAAAGCUUUUCUGGAAGCACGGCAGUCCCUGGAGGUGAAACUGAACCUGGAGGAGCAAAGUCAACAGCAGGAGAGCCUCCUCCUGUCAAUCCUGCCAAAGCACAUCGCCGACGAAAUGCUGAACGACAUGAAGGAGGACAGAGAGUCGAGAGAACCACAACAAUUCAACACCAUGUACAUGUACCGACACGAGAGGGUCAGUAUCCUGUUUGCGGACAUCGUGGGCUUCACACAGCUCUCAUCCAGCUGCUCUGCGCAGGAACUUGUCAAACUGCUCAAUGAGCUCUUCGCUGGCUUCGACAAACUUGCCGCGAGGUUCCACCAGCUGCGCAUCAAGAUCCUCGGUGAUUGUUACUACUGCAUAUGCGGCCUGCCCGACACACGCACCGACCACGCCGUUUGCUCCAUACACAUGGGUCUUGCCAUGGUCAAUGCCAUCUCGUCUGUGCGUGAGACGACGAGGACGGAUGUGAACAUGCGUGUCGGGAUACACAGUGGCACUGUGCUGGGCGGCGUCCUGGGCCAGAAGAACUGGCAAUAUGAUGUCUGGUCCACAGACGUGACCCUGGCCAACAAGAUGGAGGCAAGCGGCAUUCCUGGGAGAGUGCACAUCUCGCAGAGCACUCGCAGCUGUCUGAAUGGGGAGUUUGAGCUGGAAGCAGGAGAGGGCGGGAAGAGGAACGAGUAUUUGAGGGAGAAGGGCAUUGAGACGUACCUGGUGGUGGUGCCCAAAACGUCACGUGCCAGGAGUGGGAUAAAUGGAGUCAAACUCUCCCUGGCCUCAUCCAAUGGGAACUCGCCGCUGUUGAUCAACACGACGGAAUGUAACGGCAAUGUUCACACGUGCACCAGUCCCGAGGAGCUGCAUGCGCGGGUUGUUCACCCUUCAUUCCCCAACCCACGGAGGAGGCUGCGGUUACGAGAUCUAUCUGAACGGGUGGUCGACUCGGAACAGAACCAACAGGAGCUGAAUGAGUUACUGAAUGCUGCCCUGUUGGAGCGAGAGAAUGUACAGGCGACGAAAGGACGAUGCACGAACCUCCUGUCGCUCAGAUUCAAGGCACCAGAGAUGGAGAACCGGUUCUCUGUGGAGCGGGAGAAGCAGAGUGGGGCUGCCAUCAGUUGCUCCUGUGUCGUCCUCGCCUUCUCCUUCCUCGUCCAGCUAUCCAUCGACCCAGGAUUGUGGAUCAACUACGUCACCUUCGUCAUUGGCGAGAUACUGCUCAUCAUCCUCACCGUCCUCUCACUUGCUGCCGUCUUCCCCAGGAUCUUUCCAUCAAAGCUGGUUGUGUUCUCCACGUGGAUUGAUCGGACCCGCUGGGCACGUAACACGUGUGCCAUCACUGCUGCCCUAAUCCUCACCCUGGCACACACUGUCGACAUGCUCACCUGCCUGCAGACUUCUGGGACUCCACCCUACAGGAAUAUGAGCCAGGUUCACAGUAGCUGUGUAAAGGAUCCCAAGUAUUACAGUAGCCUCUGUGUACUCCUCCUGAUCGGGAUUACCAUGCUAGUCCAAGCCAGUCACAUGGUGAAGUCCUCCCUGAUGCUUGUGGCGGGUGGGACCUACACGCUACUCAGCCUCCUGGUCUGGAGGGACAUCUUUGAAGACUACGAUCGAGAACGUUUCCAGCAUUCCCAGUCAACGGUGGUUCCCUCUUGUUAUCUGACUGUGGGCAUGAUUUUCGUCAUGAUACUCAGCUUCUAUUACUUCACCCGUCACGUGGAAAAGUUAUCACGGACUCUGUUUCUCUGGAAGCUCGAUGUGCACGAGCAGAAGGAGCGAGUCUACGAGAUGCGGCGAAGGAAUGAAGCGCUCGUCACCAACAUGUUACCAGAGCACGUGGCUCGCCAUUUCCUCGGUUCCAAAAAGCGAGACGAGGAGCUCUACAGCCAGACAUAUGACGAGAUUGGUGUGAUGUUUGCAUCCAUCCCCAACUUCUCUGAUUUCUACACAGAGGAGAGUAUAAACAAUGGGGGCAUCGAGUGUCUGCGCUUCCUCAACGAGAUCAUUUCUGACUUUGACGGCCUACUGGAUGAACCACAGUUCCGAAACAUCACAAAAAUCAAGACCAUUGGCAGCACCUAUAUGGCAGCUUCAGGGCUGAUCCCGGAGCCCAGUGUUAACUACAGCACCACAGUCAAGAGAGAGGUGGGACCCUCUGCUCAGGACCGAUGGCACCACCUGGCUGAACUUGCGGACUUUGCCUUGGCCAUGAAGGUCACCUUAAUGAACAUCAACUACCAGUCCUUCAACAACUUCAUGCUGCGAAUUGGAUUGAACAAAGGUGGUGUCCUUGCCGGGGUGAUAGGAGCUCGCAAACCGCACUAUGACAUCUGGGGCAACACUGUAAAUGUGGCCAGCAGGAUGGAGUCCACAGGCCAGAUGGGAAACAUCCAGGUGGUGGAGGAGACGUACCUGGUGCUGAAGGAGUACGGGUUCCGCUUUGUACGGAGGGGACCAGUCUACGUCAAGGGCAAGGGUGAGCUCAUCACAUUCCUCCUGAAGGGUCGUGAGAAGCUGGGUUCCUCCAUGAACAGCUCGUCCAUCACUCUGCCCCACCAGGUGGUGGACACAGCCUGACAACUCUCCAGGCCAAUGAGGCAAACUCGGAGUGAGGGAGAGGGGGAAGCAGGACCCUCCAUGGAGCGGUGACUGGGGGCUGACAGCAGCUUAAGGAUAGCAACUGAUCCAGGACAGGAUGGACUGUGGAGUGACGCAGGAGGGUGGAGUUCCCUCACUAUGCUCCCUCUCCGUGCCUGCCAGCUGAAGUCACACAUCCUGUGGAGAGUCCAAGAGGUUUUAAUGUCCUACCUGAAGUCUUGCCCGAGAUUCAUUCUCAUAGAACAUGAACAGUACAGGCCCUUCAGCCCACAAUAUUGAGCCAACAUUUUAACCAGCUCUAAGAUCAAGCUAGCCCUUCCCUCUGAUGUAGCCCUCAGUCCCUGCCUAAUCACCUUCAGAUUCUGGAUGGACGUGGAGCUCCAGUAGGUCACACAGGAGGGGAGAAGGAGCGGUUCUUUGGGCUGGUGGGGGUCAGGAGCGGUCCCACACAGGGAGGGAGGUGGGAUCUGACAUCUCCCAAUCUGACCAGUGGCUGUAAGAUGAGGGGGUUGGGAAGGGUGGCACCAGAGUCCUCAGCCUCAAACAGCAAGAGGAGCACUACCCCAUAACCCAACCCCUCUCCCACAUUAAUGGGAAUCCCUCUUCACACACUUACACAGGACCCCUCCACGGGGGUGACGUAAUAACUCUGGACAGAUCCAUUCCCAGCUUAAGACUCGAGGCAAAUGGUUGUUUCUGGAAGAGUAGCUUUGGGAAUUUGAAGUUCCUGUCCAGUAGCUGGAGGGAUGUAGAUUUCCUGUGCUGUGGACACACAAGGAAACAGCCAGAAAAGGCCAUUUGAGCUAUUGAACCCACCCCACUGUUCAGUAUCACCGUGACUGACCCACUGGAGGCUUCACCUCCUCCUGUGUCAAAUCCCCAUCACCCUCAGAGCCUUGAUCUCUCAAAACUUGUUCCAAGCUAGCCACUCUUAUAAUAAGAGGAUGAGAGGGGAUCUGAUUGAAACAUAUAAGAUUAUUAGGGGAUUGGACACGCUAGAGGCAGGAAACAUGUUCCUGAUGUUGGGGGAGUCCAGAACCAGAGGCCAUAAUUUGAGAAUAAGGGGAAGGCCAUUUCGAACAGAGUUGAGGAAAAACUUUAUCACACAGAGGGUUGUGGAUCUGUGGAAUGCUCUGCCUAAGAAGGCAGUGAAGGCCAAUUCUCUAGAUUCUUUCAAGAAAGAGUUAGAUAGAGCUCUUAAUGAUAGCGGAGUCAAGGGAUAUGGGGAGAAGGCAGGGAGGGGGUACUGAUAGUGGAUGAUCAGCCAUGAUCACAGUGAAUGGCGGUGCUGGCUCGAAGGGCCGAAUGGCCUACUCCUGCACCUAUUGUCUAUUGUCUAUAAUAAGCCAGCUUCUACCACUUUGCAGCAAAGAGAAUCCCACAUUCAGUCUUCUCUCACCAUUUCAGUUCUGUAUGAGUGCCUCAACUGUGGAAACAUCUCACUCAAACUGUCAACACCCCUUAGACCACAAGACCUAUAGGAGCAGAAUUAGGCCAUUCGGCCCAUUGAGUCUGCUCCUCCUUUCCAUCAUGGCUGAUUUAUUGUUUCUGUCAAACCCGUUCUCCUGCCUUCACCCUGUAAGCUUUGAUGCCCUGACUAAUCAAGAACCUAUCAACCACCGCUUUAAGUAUACCCAACGACUUGGCUUCCGCAUCCACCCUGGGGAAUGAAUUCCACAGAUUCAACACCCUAUGGCUAAAGGAAUUCCUCAUCAUCUCUAUUCUAAAUGGACAUCUCUCUAAACUGAGCUCUGCCCUGGUUUCAAUGAGAUCGCACUCGUUUUUCUAAACUCCAGGGAAUACAUGCCCAGAGCCAUCAAACGCUCCUCUUAUGUUAACCCUUUCAUUCCAGAAUCUUGAACCUCCCCUGGACCCUCUCCAAUGCCAGCACACCUUUUCUGAGAUAAGGGAGCUAAAACUGUUCACAAUGCUCCGCGGACCUUGUGUUUCAGUGAGGUCACUGCUCCUUCAUUCAGACUCAGGCAAUGCAGACCUAAUCUAUUGACACGCUCCUGAGAAAUACUAAGGAACUGUAUUAGGGCAUCAAAGGUUCUGGGAGAAUGGGGUUGAGAGGGAUAAUAAAUGAGUCGUGGUGUGAUGGUGGAGCAAAGUCAAUGCAUCACAUGGCGUAAUUCUGCUCCUCGCUCGUGUCAAUCCUUCAUGGACUCCAUCAGCUGACACCUUGCAACAGGACACUAACACAGACAUUGUGGGCCAAAGGGCCUGUUCCUGGCUGUUGUGAGGAAUUCUGUACAUGGGGUCCACAGGUUUAAGGUGAAGAAUGAGUUUCGUGGGGUCUGAGGAGAGACAUUUUCACCGAGUGCGAGGCUGCAGAAGCACAUUGCACAGGAAGUGGAGAUAGAGACUCUCACACCAUUUCAGCAGUACUACCGCACUUGCAGCAGAACUCUAGGGCAGUGUAGCCCACUGGAGAAAGGGAUUCGCACAGAUGUCUGGACAAGAGUCAGUUUCUGCACAGUCUGAUCCCAGGGCUGCCUCGCCACAUCAUUUUGCUGAGACAUACUUUACAAUUAUAUUCAACUUUAUAAAAGUCUUCAUCAUAAGCCUGAAAAUUUCCAUCAAUGAGUCUGGAUUCUGUACAAUUUCAAUUUCACGCAAAAAUAUCACAGUCAAGAGAACGUGUCACCAUGUGUACUGGCAAUAUCAGAACCCAAGUGUGAAGAAAACACUGACUCUGAUGUGGAGAUGGCAACCAGAGUUUAUUCAUAAUAAUUCCAACAGGACAUCGGUGGCUUGGCCGAGCAACAAUGUGAGUGGUAACAUACUUAAAACUAGGACCCUGCGAUUAUCACCAGUCAGGCAUCUGCUUAAUAAUACAACUUUCACAGAAUCCCAGUGCCUAUCAAAGUAAAUUUAACUAACUUAAACAGAAAACACACUUACAAACAGCUAGUUGCUCGAGAAAACAUGCAACAAAACUCAAAACUGUUGAUGAAUCUCAUCACACAGAACUAAUCAAUUCAAUUGCUCUGAACACCUCAGAGCCCAACACUCUCUGGCUCCACACACAUGUCCAAAGAGAUCAUCAAGGUGAGCCUGAAGUGUCCUUGCAAUGCAGCCAGACAUCUGGUGGCAGAUGGGUGACACCACCCACAGUCUUCCCUCCCCCGGUACUCCGGACACGGCGUCACCCUCCCCGGUACUCUCGUCCUGGUGUGACCCUCUUUUGGUACUGCCCCUCCCAGAGUGACCCUCCCCCAGUAACGUCCCUUUUCGAUAAAAUACAGUUCAUUCACACAAAGAUACACAAAAUUCAGAUAUUUACAAGACUGAACAAAAUUCAAAUUAAAGUAUAAUAUUCCUGUCUGUAAAAUAAUCAAUUCCCUGGUGGUGGGGGUGCAGUACUCCCGUUAAUCUCUCACUGUACCUAUUGUGACUGUGUGCUCCCUCUCCAAGGACAGCCAGGCACAAACAUGCCCUCGGAAAAGGGGCAGGCAAUUGGCCCCGGCAGAGCCCCUCACCGUCCGCUGCCGUGACCGUGAAAGGCUUCUUGUCCAGGCCCAGGAGGAAACCCACCAGUCGAUCCAAUGAGUGACCCGCCCCCACCCGUACAUGAGGAGGGUGGAGCUGAGGUGUAACCAGAACCUUGGGUACAGCCACUUCAGAUACUCAAACAGGGGCUGCGACCUCUGCCAUUCCAUACACUGUAUACAUGAUACACCGACACCACCGGCCACGGAGUGGACAGGUGGACAGGGUGUCUGUGAACCCCGCUAAAAAAUGCUGUUGCGCGGUACAGCCCUGUGCUACAUGCUCCACCACGUCCCAUUGCAUUUGCUUUCUGUGCCACAGACUCAAACAGUAAAUUAACCUUCUGGGAGUUUUGCAUGAGGACUCCUAAGUCCGUCUGCACCCCCAAUGUUUGAACCUUCUCCCCAUUUAGAUAAUAGCCCGCACUAUUGUUCCUUUUACCAAAAUGCAUUACCAUACAUUUCCCAACACUGUAUUCUAUCUGCCACUGUUUUGCCCAUUCUUCCAAUUUGUCUUCGUCCUGCUGCAAUCCUCAGCAACUACCGAAAAGCUUCCCAAUCAUCCAACUUUCCAUUCACUUUUACUACCUUUAAUGCCCUUUCCUUGGCUGUUAGGGAGUCCCUGAUGUGAGUGAUGCCCAUCCUGCCUUUCUGUCAGGAGCCGAGGUGGCUACUCCUACACACCCUGCCUUUGCCGACCUGACUCACCAUUGCGGUCUGUUUUAUCAUCUGGCAAUGGAGGAGGUCCCCAGGGGAAAUCACUUCAUGCGGGGGUCUGAUGAGCAAUUCUGGUUGACGUGGUGUUAGCACAGCCACGAUCCCUCCACGCUCCAAGCUUCCUCGGCACCCACCAUGAUGGGACAGGGCCCAUCGCGCAUCAGUGCCUUGUCUGGAUGAGACUAAACCCCAUACUCUGGUUAUGAAGCUCUGGAUAAAACCAAGACAGUUCCCGCAAAGUGGUGCAGCUGAUUUUUGCUGCUGGAAACCCCAUGCCCUCCUGCAGGAAAUGUGCAUUGCCAGCACAUGCCACCUCGGAGGGUGGCCACUAUAAGGGUAUCUCUGCAGGGCGCUGAGGCAGAGAGCUGCCAGCUGGGGGUACAUGCACACCCAGGACCGGCUGACUCAGGACAGCUGCAGACCCAGUGCCUCCUGUUGCCCCAGAAGCCCACCAGCAUCUUCCCGGUCCUGGAGACAAAACAGUGGACGGAACCAAAGUGACCAGCCGUACCAGAUCAUGGAGGCAAAUCCAGCUGAUUUAUUACCAAUGCUCUGCCACAGUAUGAAAUUGCACAAAGCAGGCCUGACCAGCGUCCCAGCUUGGCAGAGAUUUUUUUUUUUGUUUCCACAUCCUGCCAGGCCUCUUCCAUUGAGCUCAGGUAGACCUCCAAGUAGAGGAGGUGCGUGGUGCUCCGUGCAGAGAGUCUCAACCCCUCCGGUAGCGAGUCCACCACCCAAGGACCCACCAAGAGGCCCGCACACUUCUCCUAGUUGUCUCUUGCGGACGACACAGCCGAGAAGAUCUGCUGGCAGUCUCGCAUCCUCUGCAAGUUAACAGCGUCAGUCACCAUGAGGAGGAUGUCAUCAACGUAAGUCAAAAGGACGAACUCCAUUUCAGGUUCGCUUGGAACCAAACCCGUUAACCUCUUGAGGAGAAGGCACAGGAAUGGCUCCACGCAAAUAGAAGAUAUCUGCCCCACCAUAGGGCACCCAUGAUGAACCCCCCUCCCAAAGCACAAGGGCACUGUCUAAGGCCCAUUAACUUUAACGAUGCACUCUGCAGCAGCGUACAACAGCUGGACAUGUGGCCUGAACCGGAUGCUCGCAGAGUCUCAAAAAGGUACUCAUGAUCCAUCCUGUCAAACGCCUUCUCCUGACCAGCGGAGGAGGGAGGAAGCGCUGAGGCGCCUGCAGGUCGAGAGCUCCCCAGGUGCUUUAGUGAAGUAGCAGGUCCUGAUGCUGUUCGGAUCUGGACCAUGCCUCACCCUUCUUCCAUUCUCUCGAGAAUGAGAGGGGUGUCUGCAAACAGCUUGUUAGGACUCCUCCACCAUGGAUCUGGCUAGAAUUAUCGUAGAGGUCCAUUUCCUUUGCUGAGGCUCUAUUCUCCCCAGACCCUGCGGAAAGGAUGCACUCAGGGCUCUGUGGGAGGACUUAAGAAAGGUUAGCCCUGGGGGUGCUCAGCGGCUGGAUACUCUGCUGUCUUUGGAGAAGCUGACCGGUCCCCUCAACCAACUACAGAGAGGCAAGUCCCUGGGACUGGGUGGGUUGAGAUUUGAAUUUCUCCAGGCCUUCUGGGACAUCCUGGGGGUUGAUUAGAAUCAGAAUCAGGUUUAUUAUCACCGGCAUGUGACGUGAAAUUUGUUAACUUAGCAGCAGUUCAAUGCAAUACACAAUAUAGAAGAAAAAUAAAAUAAUAAUAGUAAAUAAAAUAAAUAAGUGCAGGGGUAUUGGGGGAAAGUCUAGUGACAAGUGGGAUGCCUCUUUCUUGGCGCAGAGUAUUUGUAGCCCUCCUGCAAAGGGUGAUCUCCAUUGCCUAAAGAAUUGGUGCCCAGUAUCUCUCCUCAGUGAAGAGUACAAGAUCUUUGCUCAGACAGUGGGCAAUGGUCUGGGCUCCAUGCUGGCUAAAGUGGUCCAUCCAGGACAAUAUCCACCUCAUCUGGGAUCUGAUUUACCUGCCCGAGAGGCUGGCCUGUCAGUCGCCUUUCUCGACCUGCAGGUGCCUUCGCGCUUCCUUCUUCCAGUGUCAGCUUCAGCCAGGACCCCAAGGCAAUCACCCACCCGAUGCCACACAUCCGCCACUUGGUCAAAUUCCGAGGCAAUCACCCACCCGAUGCCACACAUCCGCCACUUGGUCAAAUUCCGAGGCAAUCACCCACUGGAUCCCACACAUCUGCCACUAGGUCAAAUUCCUAGCAAAACAAUUGGAUGUGAGACUUGUCCAAAUCCGCCAAAGUCUCAGAGAGGGGUAAGUCCUUCAUUCUUCCCACAAGAUCCUCCAAAACCGAUGGAACAAAUCCUGGAUUUAGCUGUCCUCCAGCAGUCAGUUGUACGUGGACCCCACCUGUGUAGGCAGUGCAUUGAGCUCUGCCGACACCAGCUGGUGGUCCGAAGACACAACAGGCUGCCGAUAUUCGGGAGGCGUGGAAGAUGUAGGUGAUCGACCUCCUCCAGAUCUCCUUGAGAAACCAUAGCAGUCGGGGUGGAGGCUCAGGGUAAACCCGGAGAUGCACCUUCCUGCCACCAUACUGAAGACAUCGGAUAACCAUAACAGAAUUAAUGAAAGACCACAGCAACACAGUGGACAGCCAGUGUGCAAAUACAAAAGGAAAAAAAUAAAUAAAUCAGCAAUAAAUGUCGAGAAGAUGAGAGGAAGAGUCCUUGAAAGUGAAUCGAUGGGUUGUGGGAGCAGUUCAGUGAAGUUGUCUUCUUCGGUUGAAGAGCCUGGUGGUUGAGGGGUAGUUACUGUUCCUGAAUCUGGUGGUGUGAGCCCUAAGGUCCCUGUACCUUCUUACGGAUGGCAACAGCAAGAACAGAGCAUGACCUGGUUGGUGGGGGCCCCUGAUGACAUGUGACAUUUCGUGUAGAUGUGCUCAGUGGUGGGGGCCGUAUCCACUACUUUUUGUAGGAUUUCCCGCUCAAGGACAUUGGUGUUUCCAUACCAGGCCAUGAUGCAGCCAGUCAAUAUACUCUCCAUGACACAUAUAUAAAAGUUUGAAAAUAAUCUUCGCAAACUCCCAAGGAAGUAGAGGCGUUGCCGUCCUUUCUUCACAAUUGCACUCACUCACAAUGACCCCACUGGGAGGCACCACCACCGGCACCCACCCCAUCCCCAGGAUCAGUGACGCAGCAAAGCCCCACAACCCCUGGAUCCAGAAACCCUGCCAGAGCCAGGUCCUGAGGUGGGGCAGGGCAAACCCCACUCACCACCACAACACAGUACCAUACACUCCAAUCUCGGAGCAGACAGCCCAUUGACCACCCCCCGGAGGACACCAACCAUUAGGGCCGUGUCCAUCUCCACACCCUUGUCACCCUCCCCGGACCAGCAUUAGGAGAGUCGCCUCCCACCUCACCGAUUGGGACAUCCUCCCUGUGUGGUGAUCUAGGGAUGUUCUGAUUCCCCUCGUGCACCGGAGCCUGACGCCUCUCAGUGGGGCACUAGGCCUCGAAUGAGGCAACAGUUUGGGAGACGACCUCCACCGGUGACCCUGCACCCACAGGCGAUCCCUCUUCUUCAGGGCAUUCCACUCUAUUCCCGAGGCACCCUCAGCCUCCGGAAUCACUUCCCUCCCCAGGUCUUUGCUGAAUCUCAGACCCCUCAUAGGACCCUUUUUUCACAGAACAAUGAAAGUUUAUUUACACAAUGAAAUUACACAUGAAAUACAAACAUGACAGUGAAAAACAUCAAAUUAAAAUUACUGUCUGCAGAACCCACUGUACCCAUCCCUCUCCAUGGAAAGCUGGGUAUGAACAUAUCCGCAGGCAGGCAACCCCGGCAGGGCCCUCGACUGACCGCUGCCUGGACCCGUGAAAGGCCACUCUGGUCAGGCCCAGGAACAAGCCCACCAGUAGACCAUCCAAACAACCCACCCUCCUGGUGCUAGUCCUGACGAAGGGUCUCAGCCCAAAACGUCGACUGUACCUCUUCCUAGGGAUGCUGCACGGCCUGCUGCGUUCACCAGCAACUUUGAUGUGUGUUGCUUGAAUUUCCAGCAUCUGCAGAAUUCCUCGUGUGAAUCCACCCGCCUUACUGUGUCCCAGGAACAAGCCCACCAGCAGACCCUCCGAACAACCCGCCCUCCAUACUGUGUCCCCGGGUAUAAAGAGCGCGCGGCUGAAGUGUAACCAGAACCCGAGCAGCAGGAGCAGCCACUUCAGAUACUCAAACAGGGGCUGCAACCUCUGACUCCCCCUGGCCCUGUGCAACACCUUCCACCCCAGGUCCAGGAGAAGGAUCCCUGCAUAAAGAGAUUUCCACUGAGAACCACCUCCCCUGCCGCCAGAUGGUAAAACAGACCGCCACAGCGGGUCUGGUCGGCAGACAAAGGCAAGGAAUUGAAAGGUAUGCAGCAGCAGCCCACAGAAGAACGGCCUUGGUGCAUCAUGGAAAAGACACAGUGGGCAUCCCCACAAGACGGCUCACCUUGUGUGAGACCCUCUACGAACAAUUCCAGAUGAUCUGGUUUUAGCACAACCAGGACCCCUCCACACCCCUAAGACUCCUCGACACCACCAGGAGGGAAGUGCAAGAUAGAUAUAUUAGAUUAUGAAGACACGUAGUCCUCUUUUAUUGUCAUUUAGUAAUGCAUGCAUUAAGAAAUGAUACAUUAUUUCCUCCGGUGUGAUAUCACAAAACACAGGACAGACCAAGACUGAAAAAACUGACAAAACCACAUAAUUAUAACAUAUAGUUACAACAGUGAAACAAUACCAUAACUUGAUGAAGAAGUCCAUGAGCACAGUAAAGUUCAAAGUUUCUCAGAUGUCUCACAUCUCACACAGAUGGGAGAAGGAAGAAAAACUCUCCCUGCUAUGCCGACCACAAUCCGACUCUGAGUCAUCCGAAAACUUCGAGCUCUGAUCAGCUCUCCAACACCGAGUACUGAGCGGCAUCUCUGUCCGAACGAUUCGACCUCCUUCUCGGUUGCCAAAAGCAGGCAAGGCCAGGGAUUUUGAGGCCUACCCUCCGAAAGAUUCCCGAACACGCAGUAACGACAGCAGCAAACGAGCGUUUCAGAAAUUUCUCCAUAUGUUCCUCUGUGCUUUCAUGUCCAUUCUCCAUCAAAUCAGAAUUCCACAGCCCCUAUUUAACAGAUACGAUAUCAUUUUUCACCGGAGAGCUGCGCACGCACAGGCGCGCCGCCAUCUUCUCCUCCCGCCUUAUUCCAAAUAAGAAGAUAUUUUCAAAGGGAAGAAGGACUGACAAGUGAAGUCAGAGCCAAAGUAAAAGCAAAAGAGAGGGCAUACAAGGAAGCCAAAGCUAGUGGGAAGAUGGAGGAUUGGGAGCUUUUAAAAACUUGCAGAAGGAAACUAAGAAGGUCAUUAGGAAGGAAAAGAUGAAUUAUGAGAGGAAACUGGCGAUUAAGAACAAAGAAGAUACUCAAAGCCUUUUUAAGUAUAUAAAGGGUAAAAGAGGGUUGAGGGUAGAUAUAGGACCAAUACAAAAUGACACUGGAGAUAUUGUAAUGAGAGAUGCAGAGAUGGCAUCAGUCUUCACAGUGGAAGACGUCUGCAGUAUACCGGACAUUCAAGAGUGUCAGGGAUAUGAAGUUUGUGCAGUGAAAAUUACAACUGAGAAGGUGCUCAGGAAGCUUAAUGGUCUGAGGGUGGAUAAAUCUCCUGGACCUGAUGGAAUGCACCCUUGGGUUCUGAAGGAAGUAGCUGGAGAGAUUGCAGAGGCAUUAACGAUGAUCUUUCAAGAACCGAUAGAUUCUAGCAUUAUACCGGAUGACUGGAAAAUUGCAAAUGUUACUCCGCUAUUUAAGAAGGGUGGGAGGCAGCAGAAAGGAAACUAUUGGCCUGUUAGCCUGACAUCAGUGGUUGGGAAGUUGUUGGAAUUGAUUGUUUGGAAUGAGAUUACAGAGUACCUGGAGGCAAAUGACAAGAUAGGCCAAAGCCAGCAUGGUUUCCUGAAAAGAAAAUCCUGCCUGACAAACCUACUGCAAUUCUUUGAGGAAAUUACAAGCAGGAGAUGCAGUAGAUGUGGUGUACUUGGAUUUUCAGAAGGCCUUUGACAAGGUGCAGCACACGAGACUGCUAAGCAAGAUAGGAGCCCAUGGAAUUACAGGGGAGUUACUAGCAUGGAUGGAGCAUUGGCUGGUCGGCAGAAAACAGAGAGUGGGAAUAAAGGGAUCCUAUUCUGGCUGGCUGCCGGUUACCAGUGGAGUUCUACAGAGGUCAGUGUUGGGACCACUGCUUUUUACCAUGUAUGUCAAUGAUUUGGACUACGGGGUUAAUGGGUUUGUGGCUAAAUUUGCUGAUGAUACAAAGAUAGGUGGAGGAGCGGGUAGUGUUGAGGAAACAGAGAGCCUGCAGAGAGACUUAGAUAGUUUAGGGAAAUGGGCAAAGAAAUGGCAAAUGAAAUACAAUGUUGGAAAAUGUAUGGUCGUGCACUUUGGUGGAAGAAAUAAAUGGGCAGACUAUUACUUAGAUGGGGAGAGAAUUCAAAAUGAAGAGAUGCAAAGGGACUUGGGACUCCUUGCGCAAGAUAUCCUAAUGGCUAACCUCUAGAUUGAGUCAAUGGUGAAAAAGGCAAAUACAAUGUUGGCAUUCAUUUCUAGAGGUGUAGAAUAUAAGAGCAGGGAUGUGACGUUGAGGCUCUAUAAGGCACUCGUGAGACCACACUUGGAGUAUUGUGUGCAGUUUUGGGCUCCUUAUUUCAGUAAUGAUAUACUUCACACUCCCAUUCGGAUAUGUCCACACAUGGCCUCCUCUACUGCCAUGAUGAGGCUAAACUCAGGUUGGAGGAGCAAGACCUCAUAUACCGUCUAGGUAGUCUCCAGCCCCUGGGCAUGAACAUUGAAUUCUCCAACUUCUGGUAAUUCCCUCCCCCUCCCUUCCCCCAUCCCAGUUUCACUCUGCCCCCUCCCCCAGCUGCCUAUCACCUCCCUCAUGGUUCCGCCUCCUUCUUCUACUACCCAUUGUACUUCCCCCUAUUCCUUCUUCACCUUUCCUGCCUAUCCCCUCCCUGCUUCCCCUCUCCCACCCCUUUAUCUUUCCCCUUACUGGUUUUUCACCUGGAACCUAGCAGCCAUCUCCUUCCCACCCUCCCCCCACCUUCUUUAUAGGGCCUCUGCCCCUUCCCCCUUCAGUCCUGAUGAAGAGUUCCGGCCCGAAACGUGGACUGAUCACUUCCACGGAUGCUGCCCGACCUGCUGAGUUCCUCCAGCGUGUUGUGAGUGUUGCUUUGACCCCAGCAUCUGCAGAGUACUUUGUGUUUACAUUCCCUUGUAGGUUCAGUAACAUGCUGUUCAAGAAAGCCAUCACGGAUGCAUUCUAUGAAGUCCUCCUCAAGACUGCCUCCACCAACUUGAUUCACCCAAUCUAUGUGCAAGUUAAAGUCCCCCGUAAUAACUGCUGUUCCAUUCUUACGUGCCUCAGAUAUUUCUGUUUAUUGACUGUGCCACUGUAAUGUUAUUAUUUGGUGGCCAAUAAACAACUUCCUCCAGUGAUUUUUUUCCCUUUACUAUUCCUAAUCUCCACCCAGACGGAUUCAACAUUCUGCUCCUUAGAUCUUAUAUCAUGUCGCCAAUCUCGUUCUUAAUUAAAAUCACUACCCCAACUCCCUCACCUUCCUGCCUAACCUUCUGUAUUACCUGUUAACCUUGGAUAUUUAAUUCCCAAUCCUCUCCCCCUCCCCAAUCACAUUUUUUGCAAAGACUGCUAAAUCAUACCCCUUUGUAUUGAUUUGUGCCACAAGUUCACUGACCUUGUUAUGACUAUGGGUAUUCAGAUAAAGUGCCCCUACAUUCAUUGUGCCUUUAAAAUCUAGUGUAACACACUGUAAGGUUUCACUGCUAAUGUAAUAGCCUCUCUGUAGUGUGUCAUUGCUAAGGUAAUGGUUUCUCUGUAGCAGCAAUGUUUGGGUUAUGACUAGAGAUAACGGGGCCUGUUAGCCAAUGAGCAGCAUGUUGUUCCUUCUUGUGUGUCUGGGAGCCGGGAAUUCGCAGUCUUUUGCUGGGGAGACGUGAGGAGAGCAGAUGUGAAUAGAGAGUUGGUAGAUAGCCGGAUGGAGUGGAUUUGGAGCGAGGGUCAGUGACGAUCGGAGGAGGUCGAUGGUGGACGAACGGCCUUAUCAGUGAGCUCCAACGUUGCGCAAUAGACUGUUUCAUGUGAAUGGGCUCUUUUCUUUUUUUGUUUCUUUACUAACCAUAUAGUCAAAUUAAGAAUUAUAAAGCUCAAUCUUUUUGUACUGUUUGUUAUUUCGUGGUACUGACGUGUAACAGGGGACACAUCGCGUAGCAUCCAGCCAAGCGAGAUUUCUUAAGUUUGGCCGGGCCAGGGAGCUAUCACCCCCUAUAUUAAACAGCUAGCCGAAGCGAGAGUUACACUAGUAAUCUUUGUCUCUUCUGCUCUCCACCCUUACUUUUCUAUUUUAACUUUUGUUUUUACUUUAUCUUUAUCCACACCUUUCUCUUUCUUUAAUCUGUUGAACACC